AUGGAUGGGACAGCAAAUAAAAUGAAACCAAAAACAAUGGCUGAGCUACUGCCUGGACUGAGUGGUAUUUUAUCUAAGGAUUGUAUACAGGCACUUACAGUGAAAAAACCUCAACAAAAUAAGAUGGUACUCACUCGGACUUCUGAAAAGCCUGUUAAACCACUUACAAUUGCUGAAAUGAAGACUCAUCUGACAGCACUAAAAGGUGAAUCCACUAGAAGAUGUCCAGUAAACAGCUCGGUUAAGAAAAAGAACUGGAAUUCAUCUGUGAAAGUGGAUAAAACUGUAAGUCACACGGCAAAUGGAAACUUAAAGAACAACUCGGUUAGAAAAGUUCUCAACUUUCAACCAAAGCCCAAAACCAAUGUAAGAGCUACUAUAAAUUCUGAGACUCCAAAAUUUCCAAAACCCGAGCUAAAAGCAAGGAAAGCGCUUAAUGUGCAAGCUAAAAAUAACAUCCGCAUUAGUGGUGUUUACAAAAUAGCAGAAACACCAGCAAUAAAAAGCAAUCCAUCAUUCAAAAACAGAAUGACCCUUGCAAACAAAGAGAAUGCUUCAAAUCAAACUAAUACUGUUUUAAAACUACAUAUGACCCCAAAACAAAAAGUUCCAUUACAGAAAAAAUUAUUAACAAUUGUACCCGAUACUCCCCUGAAUAACAUGUCCUGGAAAUCAAGCUGUGAUGCAAGUUUCCUACAAGCUGAGAAAGACAUAGAAGAGAAAACGAAAGCUUCACAAGAAAAUAAUGCGACAGAGAAAACAGGGGAAACCUUACAGACAGUUUCAACACCUUUUAAAGAGUAUAGAAAUGUGCAAGAUUUCUUCAACCACACCAAAGAUAUAGAAAACUCUUCACUAUAUAAUGACAACACAAUAAUGUGUUUUGAUAAACUAAAGAUAACUUCUUAUUUACAAAACUUAUAUUUGCAUCCGAUAAAAACAAAAGCUUUAACCAGCUGUGUAGUUGGCUCUGCUGGAAGCAUAGCAUCACAGCUUGUAGCAGGUCAAUCUUUGAGAUUAGACCCAGUAUUGGCUUUCGGUCUCUAUGGGUUAGCUUUUGGAGGAACAAUACCACAUUAUUUCUAUGAAUUACUAGAAAGAAUGUUCCCAGAAGAAAUUGUUGCAUUCCCACUUGCUAAGAAAUUGAUAUUUGAAAGAAUAAUCUUUGCACCGAUUAUGCAAGCAUUUUCAUUGUACACAUUGUCAAGAUUUGAGGGAAAGAAUCAUAAAGCUGCAGUGAAACAGCUAUUUUUGCUAUAUUUUACAGUUCUGGAAGCUAAUUGGAAGUGGCUUACACUAUUUCAAAUUAUUAACCUAGCAUUCAUUCCACCCAUGUUACGAGUCUUGUUCAUGAAUCUUGUUGGAUUCGGUUGGGCGAUGUUUGUUGCAACAAAAAGGCGGGAACAAAAUCAGAAGAAAGACGCCAAAAAU